GUUUUUCUCCAAGAUGGCCGGUCACACAUGAAUUUUGCACAAAGCUCGCUUGUUUUUGUUUUCCUGGUGCCAAACUCACGGAAUACUCCUCCUGAUAGCGCGAAAUGAAACGAUUUGUGCGGACAUAGCUCUUUAAUGAGGAAAACUCAUGCAGUAGAUAGCUGUUUUCAUGUCGGUGCUGAUUUGCCCUUGUAUUGUGGAACAGUCUCACAAGUCCUCUGGAGAAAAGCUGGCCACAGACAUGAGCCCUGAGAAUCAGCUGGGAUUCGAGUUACAAGAGGACGCAAGAAAUCCCAAAACUAAAUCUAAACUAGGCAAAGUAGUCCUCGGAAUUACAGGCGCUGCAGCUGUUGGAAUUGUUCUGGUGACCACGCCAUUUGUAACGCCAGCUUUACGAAAAAUUUGUCUUCCAUACGUACCGGCCACAGAGAGACAAAUUGCUAACAUAUUACGAAUAGGACAAGCUUCCAAGCAUAAUGGAUCAACAUUGGUGGACUUGGGGAGUGGGGACGGGAGAGUGGUUUGUAUCAUUUUCAAUGUCACCCAGGAAUGUUUGAUGGGGAGGGGCUAACAUUACUUUAAGCGCCAACCCACACCUGCCCCCAUCUCCCUUCAUUAACAGUUGUGUACCGGAAAAAAAAUAACCGGAUGAGCAUUCGCCCCUUUCACCUUAACAUCAGUAUCCAUUUUCUCCUUACUCCUCUUCUAACAAGGAGAAUUCAUGUAACAUUCAAUGCUUCUUAGAGUACAAACCAACACAAUGACUAGCUGGUAGCACACUGCACAGGUAUUGCAGAGGUUUCAAGGUCAAAUCCCAUACUGAAUUUUUUUUUAAGGCCUUAUUUUUACUAAAGUAACUGCUAAAUAGAGUUCAUUACAGCGGAGAUUGCUUCAAUAUGCGCUUCUUAGAUUGGUGAUCAUUUCCUUUAUUUCUAUGAUCUUAAUGAAUGAUUCAGCUGCAUUUAUGUCAGGAGAAAUUAGAUGCUGGUCACUCCAAGGGUUUUAAGGGGUUCAUAGGUAAUCCUAGUUUUUUAUAGUAUUGAUGUCAGACUAAAAGCAAAAAAAAAAAAUCUCAUUGGUCAUAUCGAGGAUGGAGUCCAGAUGUCUUGGACAGUCCCUCUGGGUCCCCUACUGUGCUUGCUCUGGCAAUUAAUAAGGUGGAACAGAAAUAUGUGACAUACAAGUUGAAAAUCAUUCUAUGUAAAUUUUGGAUCCUUUUAUUUAAUUGAUAGGUAAUUGCUGCAGCUAGACAAGGUUACCAAGCUCAUGGUUAUGAACUAAACCACUGGCUGGUUUGGUACUCAAGAUUACAGGCCAGGUUACAGGGACUUCAUCACAAAGCUACAUUUUCAAGAGCUGAUUUGUGGAAGGUGUUUUAAUUUAUUUGUUUCUGUCGUUUAUAUUGUAACUCUAGUUGGAGGUCUUUUUGCUGACAACUUUUGCUUCUCACCAUGGUAACCAAAAGUUCACAGCUUGUAGCACAGGAUACCAGAUUUUUCUUUAUCAUCUGGACCCUGACUGGGUUUUCUUCCAUUUAUUCACAGGUUAACCUGUCAACAUUUGACACCAUUCUAAUAUUUGGAGUCUCAGAGAUGGUAAUGUUAUGCUGGUUAAACAAUUUUUAAAACAGUCUUAUUUUCAUUUUACAUUAUAUUAGCCCUAAAAGGUUUGUCUCAGAUCUCUAAUGGCCAUAACCUGAGACACAGGGAAAAGCUAUGUUGUGUUUGAAAUACUCUGAUUGAAAGGGAAAGUUGAACCACAUAGUAAUAUAUUAAACUAUCCUUGAUUACUCACAACGGCUAAUGGUGGCUCUUAAUUAAUGCCGUUAUCAAUAUUUAUUGUUUGAACUUGUGUAAUAAUAAGUCUCCUUAAAAGAGCAAAGGUUUAUUUAACCUUUGCUUGCAGGAAAAUGUUAUACAAUGCCCUCAUCAAGCCAAUACUAGAGUAUUGUUGUACGGUCUGGGGCAACUGUACCGUUGGUAAUCUCUAAAGAGUUUUACGACUACAGAAACGAUGUGCUAGGCUUAUUUUAGAUGCUGAUACUCACAAAAACUCAGUCAAGCUUUUUAACAAAUUACAUUGGCUGCCUAUAGAUGAGAUCAUACGUAUUAGGAAGCUUUAUUUGCUUCAUAAAAUAAAUCAAGGACAUUGCCCGACUUAUUUUAAUAAAUAUAUUGAACAUAUAAGUAACACCCAUAAUUAUAACACGAGAUCCGCUUCUAAUAACAAUAUUACAACACCAGCUUGUAAAAGGAACUCUGGCCUUAGAAUGUUUCACUCAAGCGCUUGCCGUUUGUGGAACGCUCUUGAUCCCGAACCAAAGACACUCUCUCAUACUAAUUUUAAAAAUUACUUAGUUAAAUUUUACUGUAGUAUGACUUCUUUUCUUGAUGAUUUUAAGAUUCGUAAAACUUUUUAGUUUCAUUAGUAGUAAAUCAAUCAAUAUUGUAUUAAUAGUAGUUCUUAAUGUAAUUUUAGUUUGUAGAUUAUAUAGGUAGUCAAUUAUUCAAUCGAUACAUCUUAGUACUUUAAUUGUAGGAGGGCCAUUAUGAAAACUACUGGGUGACCAGUAAUCAAUGUCUUUACCCUCGUUAAAUAAAGUUAUUACUUACUUACUUAAUAAUUGUUUCUUUCUACUUGGAAAUAUGUAGAUGCCAAAGCUCCAAGAUAAAUUCCAGGAAGAAAUGAAGGAUGAUGCUCAAAUAUUAGCUUGUCGCUUUCCAUUACCAAACUGGAAACCAACAGAUAUGAUUGAGGAAGGAAUUGACAGUGUAUGGUUGUAUCAAAGACCAAAACAUUGAAAGGGCAUUUAGAGUAGGAUGGAAGUUUGUAAAUAAAUGGGAAAUCAGAGAGGAGAUACUUGUGUACUGCUUUAUGUGACAGCUUUGUGAUCAAUAUAAAUUGCCAGACCUGUAAAAUUUACAUGGCAGUUUGCAAGUUAAAAAUUGAACUUGUCUCAUUUCUUUAGGUGGUGUCAUUUGAGUAUGCAGAGCUGCUGUUUAUAUUUAAAACACAACCUUUUCGCAAUAAAAUCCAUGUGCACA